GCCUGGGAUAGCUAGAGAUUCCUUGUAGACCCGAAAAAAUAGAAGGGGAAGAACAUUCACUUCUGAAUCAACCCAGAUUCUAUUUUCUUGUUCCAAGAAAAUGGCCUUGGCUAGGCCGGUUUUUUGUGAGUUGAAGUCCCAGAAUCCGGUUGUGGAGAAGAGUAGUAACCUGGGGUUGAAUUUGCAGGUUCAGAAGGCUAGAGUUCCUGCUGAGGUUACACAAACCAGUGGAGAAAAUGGUGGUAGUAGUACUAGUAGUAGCAGUGCUAAGAUUGUGUUGCAGCCAAGACUCUGUACUCUGAGGACUUAUGGGUCUGAUCGUGUUGGGGUGAUGAAAACUAAGGGUGUGAAUGGGGAAGAUGAUCAGAUGUCUCGGUUUUUUGCUACUUUGUCUGAGUAUAUUGAGAGCUCGAAGAAGAGUCAUGACUUUGAGAUCAUCUCUGGUCGUCUUGCCAUGGUUGUGUUUGCAGCCACGGUUGGCACAGAGGUAGUGACAGGCAAUUCCAUAUUCAGAAAGAUGGAUUUACAAGGCAUUGCAGGAACUGCAGGGUUUUGUGUGGCAGCUGUAACUUGUGCUGCAGUUUUCGCCUGGUUUUCCAGUGCUCGCAGUAGAGUAGGUCGAAUCUUUACAGUCAGUUGCAACACGUUUAUCGAAUCACUGAUCGAUCAAAUCAUCGAUAGCUUGUUUUAUGAUAAUAAUGAUUUCGACGAUUGGUCUGAUGACGUCUGAGAAAUACAGCAGGAAGAUUUAGUCAUCAUCUAUCAGCACUCAGAAGCAAUGUGCAGCAACUUUGGUUUCUGCAGUCUGAAUCUUCCAUUUUGCAGUCUACAGAAAAUUAGAAAUGGUCUAAAUGACAACUCGUUAUACUCAAAGAAGAUUGUAAAUUAGCGAUCAUGGCUGUGUAAAGCAUAGUUAAUACAGAGAGAAGGAUUAGGCAAGCAUAUAUACAUAUACAUAUGUAUAUAUAUAUGUGUGUGUGAUCAACUCAUCUUUGUCCUGAGGGAUCAUGGUUCAUUAAUCAUAUUAUCUAUGAUUAACUGAUAUGAUCCAGGACUUUAAUAAGGUUAAGCUGUAAGAAUUCAACAAGUCUGUAGUCAGUCCGAAGAGCUUCUUGAUUAUCUCUUAUUUGGCUGAAGAGCUCAAGGAGUUGAAGCCUUGAAGGUUCCUAUUUCCAACAGUAUUUGGUCAAUUUCCAUGUGUGAUGCAGAAAAACAAGAUGCUUGAUAGAACCUUUGGUUAUACUAAUUGGCAAAUCAUGAUUGGCAAAUACAACUUCUUGGUAAUUUGCACUAGAGAUGGUUUUGAUGUUUU